AACAUUGUACCUAACGUUACGGUCACUACAUCACAAUCAACGUUCAGCGCAGACUCGCUUUCGCAGCUUGUCGUCCCGUCUGUAGAGUCGUAUUACUUGAUCUUAAUUGCUGUAAAUUGUGUAUUGAUUCUGUGUGUUAUAAGAAAAAAUUACCAUCUAAAUAAAAAAAAAAAUUUUGUUCUAAUAGGUAUAUAGAUAGAUAGGAUACAUUAUACCUAUAUAACAAAGUAGGUGUAAACUUUCGUUUUCGUGUGUUUUGUUGUCUGUGUGUCUAUAGAACUCAGAUAAAAAGCCAUGGACUGGAAGUUUUUCGGAAUUAUCCUUAUGAUAGGUUGCCCUUUAUUUGGUCAAGAAACGAAUGAAGAGUACAGAACAACAACAGAGGAAUCAAUUGAUGACGAACGAUUGGCACAAUCUUUGAAUAACUUUGGAUAUAAAUUAAUGAUUGAAAUAAUGAAACAGAACGAUGAAAAUUUGAAUAUAGCGAUAUCACCAAUGAGUAUAUCAAGCGUUCUGGCAAUGAUUCUUCUAGGUAGCGUUGGAAAAACUUAUGACGAAAUAGCCAAAGUUUUAGGAUUUUCAAAUGACAUAUUAACGAAUCGUAAAAACCACGAACAAUUUGGGAAACUUCUGCAAGCUCUCAACACGAAUACGUCAUCCAAGACGACGUACGCGGAUGCCAUAUUUGUGGACAAAGAUACGCGCCUGCGUGAAGUUUACCGGAAUUAUUUGGAAAUGGUGUACCAUGGCGAGGCACUCAGUACCGAGUUCAGCGACAGAGUCAAGGCUAGACAGGUGAUUAAUGAAUGGGUGAAAGAGCAUACAAAAGAUAAAAUAGAAGAAUUUCUACCGCAAACACUUCCCGAAUCGACGAAAGUAGUUUUACUGAGUGCGCACUAUUUUAGUGGACAAUGGAAAACACCUUUUCUGCCAGAAUUUACAAAAAAAUUGCCUUUCAAAACACCAACAGAAGAAAUUACGGCAGAGCUCAUGGCAAAUUUUGGAAAUUUUGAUUACAUAUUUUCUAUGGAAGAUCAAUUACAUAUGGUGGCAUUUCCUUAUAAUGAUAGUAUGACCACAAUGUACGCUCUUAAACCCCGGAUACCAAAACGUUUGAGCUUAUUUGAUCUGUUGAAUAAAUUGGAUUACGCUAAAAUUGAAAGUUUAAUAAAUCGAAUGGUUAAAAGAAAUUGUGUAAUAAGAUUUCCUAAAAUGGAACUCCAGAGUAACUUCAAACUGAAAGCUCCAUUGAAAUCUCUAGGAGUGAAUACUAUGUUCAACCCUGAUGAAGCAAAUUUUGCUCUUAUGGUAGAUGGUAAUAAUGUAGUCAAUAAAACUGAAUCUGAACUGAUUGGGCGAAUAAAUACGGGAGAAUUAGAAGCAAGAGGAUUGAAAGAGUUAGUCGACGAGCUAGUCAAUCCUGGGGUGCAUGUCGACUCUGUGAUACAUGAAGUGAAGAUGACUGUUAAUGAAUUCGGUACUGAAGCUGUGGCUGCGACCAGCGCAGUAACGACUCGUUCAGCAGAAUUAUUCUACGCCGAUUCACCGUUUUAUUUAUUUAUUAGAAAUGAGAAGACUAAGCUCGUUACAUUCAGUGCAAUCAUAUUUAAUCCUAAUGUAUAAAUCACAAUACAUUUUUCAUAAAUACAAGUAUCA